AUGCCUCAAAACUUUCAAAUACCUGAACUGCUUCAACACAUGCUGCGUGAAGAUGAGAUUAAUGAAGAUAUGACCGAACGUCGCAACCACCAAGGACCAAGUAUAUUACCUCAGUAUUUCAACCAGACGCCGUUUAAUCAACAAAACUGUAUUCCAAAUAAUGACAAUACAUCUCACAAUACUGGCCAGCAGAGAACUGAAAUGCAAAGCUUCAUGAAUGCUCCAAAUGUAGAAAAUCGUUAUCAAACUUUUCUUUGUCUCGUCAAUCCAACCUACAUCGCCAACAAUCCAACGUUAUCUGCACAAAUUAAGACCAUUACUGCUGAUGUUCUCCGUGCCACCGGAAACACAUCAUUCCUCGAGCUUGAGCAGGACAGGGAUCGCUUGGCUAUGGAAGUUCGUAGUCUUACGAGAAAGAAUGAUCAGCUUCAAGACACUAUGAUCUCGGUUCUCAAUUCUCAACCACUUUCACCAAUGCUCUCGACCCACUCAAUGUCUGACUCAACCGCAUCCGUCCCAUCGCAUGCCAACGCUGACAUCACCGUCAAGAAUACAAACCGACCCAUACGUGAGGACUGUAACGUGGACUGGUGGGACUGUCCUCCAGCCAAAGACCCCGAUGCCUUCAGCCACGUCAAGGUCAAGAACGGCAAAGGUGUUUUUGCAUGGAUGCAAGAUUCGGACGGACAGCAUAUCACAUACGAGAAGAUGAAGAAGUGCUACGGCGACCAUCAUAUGUUCUGGAACAGUCAGGACACCAAGAACUUACCAAGAAACUUCACUAGUAUCGGCUAUCGACAGCGGGAUGCAGUGGUUGAGUUUUUGGAGAGCCGAAAUGAUUGGUUGAAGCUGUGUGAUGGCAACUGGAAGGCAGUUGAGGUGGUUAAAAAGAACUAUUACCGAUGUAAGGUUGGGAUUGAAGGGGGAAAGGGAGACGAGGAGGGGGAUGAGGAUGAGGAAGAGGAGAGGCUUGAGCGCUCAAAACAGGACAAGAGGAAGUCUCGCAACGACGGUACUUCCCCUUCUGGGUUUGUCACCUCUGACUCUGGGUACAUCUCUGCAAACGACUCCAGGAAUGACUCGAAUUCACCACCAUUGAAGAAACCAAAAUUGAAUUCAUUACGUCUUGAUUGGUUCUGA